GGACCUCCCUCCUUCCUUGAUCCACCAUUGGCAAACCGUAUCCUCCCGCCCACCUGACCCUCCGGUCCAGCCGUCGAGUCCCACUGACUCUUCGCCUCCCUUAUCGGCUCCCGUCUCCCCUACCGCUUCUCCCUCACCUUUGCCCUUGCCUCCGGUCCCUCCUGCACCACCCGUACGGACCAUGACUACCCGUAGCAUGCACGGCAUUUCCAAACCUAAAAAGCCUUUUAGUCUUUCGGUCUCUAUUGAUGACCCGUCCAUCUCACCCUUGCCUCGUAACCCAAAACAAGCCUUAUCCGAUCCAAAUUGGAAGUCCGCUAUGCAGUCUGAAUUUAAUGCUCUUAUUAGAAAUAAUACGUGGGAGUUGGUUCCCCGUCCUUGUGAUGUUAAUGUUAUUCGUUGCAUGUGGAUUUUUCGCCAUAAAAAGCAGUCUAAUGGUUUGUUUGAGCGGUAUAAGGCUCGUCUUGUAGGUGAUGGCAGGUCUCAGAUUGCAGGUGUGGAUUGUGAUGAGACAUUCAGCCCCGUGGUGAAACCGGCUACCAUCCGGACAGUUCUCAGCAUUGCUCUCUCCAGAUCCUGGCCCAUACAUCAGUUGGAUGUCCAGAAUGCUUUCCUGCAUGGUGAUCUCCAUGAGACUGUCUACAUGCAUCAGCCUUUGGGUUUCCGCGACCCUCACCACCCGGACUAUGUCUGCCGUCUGAAGAAGUCCCUUUAUGGUCUGAAACAGGCGCCUCGUGCUUGGUAUCAGCGAUUUGCUGAUUAUGUUUCCUCUAUUGGAUUCCGGCACAGCACUUCAGAUCAUUCUCUUUUCAUCUUCCGGCAGGGUUCUGAUAUUGCCUACAUACUUCUCUAUGUUGAUGACAUCAUCCUGGUUGCAUCAUCGCAUGAUCUCCGCAAAUCCUUUAUGGCACUUCUUGCAUCCGAGUUUGCUAUGAAGGAUCUCGGUCCUCUGAGUUACUUUCUUGGCAUCGCUGUCACUAGACAUGCAGGUGGCCUUUUCCUCAGUCAGAGCACUUAUGCUACUGAGAUUAUUGCUCGCGCCGGCAUGGCCUCAUGCAACUCGUCUGCUACACCGGUUGACACCAAGCAGAAGCUCAGUUCUUCCUCUGGGACUCCUUGUGAGGAUGCCUCCCUAUAUGGGAGCCUUGCGGGUGCCCUACAGUACCUCACAUUUACUCGUCCUGACAUUUCCUAUGCUGUUCAGCAGGUUUGCUUACAUAUGCAUGCACCCCACACCGAGCACAUGCUUGCCCUCAAGCGGGUUCUCCGCUAUGUUCGUGGCACAUUGACUUAUGGGCUACAUUUGUAUCCCUCCCCGGUUGAAAAGCUUGUUUCUUACACUGAUGCUGACUGGGGGGGCUGUCCUGACACCAGACGCUCCACUUCUGGUUACUGUGUUUUCCUCGGUGACAACCUCAUAUCUUGGUCCUCCAAGCGGCAACCCACUCUCUCUCGCUCUAGUGCUGAAGCUGAAUAUCGCGAGGUAGCAAUAGCACACUCGGAUUAG